AUGCUCGCCGAGAAAGAAUCCCGAGUUGGGCUGGAGGAGGUGCCGGUGAAACACGGGAAGACUGCCUCGUCGACCAAGGGAACCAUUCCAGAAGAAGACAUAACUUCACGCCAACGAGGUAGAGUCGAGGAAUUUAAAAUCGAUCCUUUCAUAGGGGACCUAUUCCAAUAUUUUAUAGAACAAUUCAACAUGCAACAUAGACCCAUUGUACAUUGCUUAAUUAGAAAAUACAUUGUGAAUUCAAGAAAGAACCCCGUAAAAUUAUUUAGUCAACUGCUUCAAUGUCAAUAUCGUUCAUAUUUUAGUAGCCUGAUCGGUUUCUUCUAUGAAUUUGGAAUUGGAACGUCCAUUGACAACAAGAUGGCUCUGGAGUUGUACGUACGCGCUGCCAAGGACAGCGCGUUAACCUUCCGAGCCCAUGCCAUCGAUUCGUUGACCCUUUUGGAUUCUUUUAGAUUGCAUAACCACUAUAUUGGACAAUUUUGUUUAUCAUCAAUGUUUUAUUAUGGGAAACAUGUGAAAAAAGACGACGUCAAAUCGUUUCUGUUACUUUCGAUAUUGGCCAAGGAGGGUUCGGUCAGGGCCCAGGUGACCUUGGGAGAGUGUUACUACGAAGGCA